AUGAUCAAAGGUAUAACAUGUGUCUUUGUCGCAUUACUUUUAACCAUGCAUGCUACAAAUGGAGAUCCUCCAACUGGUUGUAUCUGUUAUGGUACUCCUGGUAAUGGACCUGGAGGUACUAGUUGUAAUAAUGCUGGUUGUAGUGCAGGUAAUGAUGAUGGAAAUUGUUACGGUGGUUAUGUGAUUAAUGGCAAUGGUAAUGGUUAUCGCGGGUGUGCUUGUCCUGGUUUCACUGUUCCUACUAUUCCUACUAUUUCUAUUUCUACUAUUACUAUUCCUACUAUUACUGUUCCUACAAUUACUAUUCCUACUAUUACUGUUCCUACUAUUACUAUUCCAACUAUUACUGUUCCUACCAUUACAAUACCUACUAUUACUACACCUACUAUUACGAUUCCCAAUAUUACUAUUCCUACUAUUACGGUUCCUACUAUUACUGUUCCUACUAUUACUAUGCCUACUAUUACUAUUCCUAAUAUUACUGUCCCUACUAUUACUGUUCCUACUAUUACUAUGCCCACUAUUACUAUUCCUACUAUUACUGUUCCUACUAUUACUAUUCCUACUAUUACUGUUCCUACUAUUACUGUUCCUACUAUUACUAUUCCUACUAUUACUAUUCCUACUAUUACUGUUCCUACUAUUACUAUGCCUAUUAUUCCUAUUGGCUAUUACCCUACUUGCGCUGACUUUGGCAGUUAUUUUGCUAGUAUUAUUUUUAAUAUUACUGCUGAUGCUGCUAUUGCUUGUUGUAAUUAUUGUUGCAAUAGUACUGGUACUCCUAUUACUGUUGCUCCUGGUGGUACUAGUCCAGUUGCUUCUAGUGAUACUAGUACAGUUGCUCCAGGUGUUGCUCCAGGUGGUACUAGUAUAGUUGCUUCUAGUAAUACUAGUACAGUUGUUCCUGGUGUUACUAGUACAGUUGCUUCUAGUGGUAUUACUACAGUUGCUUCUGGUGGUACUACUGCAGUUGCUUCUAGUGGUACUACAACAGCUGUUUCUGGCAGUAAUGCUACCAUUGUUACUUCCGGUCGUAAUACUACUACCGUUACUUAUCGUGGUGCUAGCAGUCAUAAUGGUGCUAGUGGCAUACUGCUGGUGUUACUACUGGUGUUCUCAAUCAAGUAA